UGCCUAUUUCGCACCCAAAGACCACCCUUGACGGGCGGCACGGGAGGCGAGCGAGCGCGCAAAGACAAUGGCAAGCCGUCCCAUAGGUUGUUUCUUCGUCAUGCAAAAUAAGGUGGGUGGAGCCUGCAGAGUGGUUGGGAAAUGAGACGGACUUCAAAGCUGGUUGAGCAAUAGUGGGUGGAGCUUGAUGUGUGGAAACGAAUCCUCGCUUGCCGGCAGGAAGAAGACGAGGUGCUGGCUUUCGUGCCCGAGUGCCCGCGCUCCCCCUCCGUGCCACGGUUUGGCUGGGUGGGCGGGAGCUGGCUAUGCAGAUGAAAGCGGGCACGGGCUGGGCAAGCGGAUCGCCUCCCGCGGCAGUCUGAGGGUCGGGUCCGGCGGAGCCUGUGGCCGGCCAGCCAGCCAGCCAGCCAAUCAACCGCCCGCUCGCCCGCCCGAACGAACUCCGGAGGGGACGGCUCGCCUCGGGUGAUUCCCUCGUCCGGCCGUGGGCUCCUGCGAGGGACGACCGGAGGCGCCGUUCGUCGACUCACACGUACGCAUCCUGCCCGGAAAGUCGCCGUCACACGAGGGGAGCCGACCCUCGCCGUGAAUAUGGCGAGUGUCAGAAAUGGAACCGAAGGGACAAGCGGCGGCGGCGGCGGCGGCGAGGAGGAAAACUUUGAAGAUGCCUUUGAAAACAUCCCAGUGGCUACCAAGAUGGAUCUUAAGUGCUCUUUGGAAGAAUGUUCAAUGGCAUUGAACCUAUUUCUGAACAACAAAUUCUCUGAAGCUCUGGAAUUACUUCGUCCAUGGUCUAAAGGCAGUAUGUACCAUGCCCUAGGAUAUAGCACUAUUUUAGUUAUGCAGGCUGCAAUGACAUUUGAACAACAGGAUAUCCAAAUGGGAAUUGCUACAAUGAAAGAAGCUUUACAAACUUGUCAAAAAUUCAGGAAAAGAAGCACAGUGGUAGAGUCAUUGUCCAGUUUAGUUUCUAAACAGUCUGUAGAUCAGCUGAGUGAAGAGGAAAUGCACGCAGAAAUCUGUUACGCUGAAUGCUUAUUACAGAAAGCAGCACUGACAUUUGUACAGGAUGAAAACAUGAUCAACUUCAUCAAGGGUGGCCUCAAAAUCAGGACAAGUUACCAAAUAUACAAAGAAUGUCAUCAAGUUCUCCAGAUGACCCAGGAUAGCAAAAGCAAGAAUGAAACCUACUACCAGUUUGAAGGGGGUGUGCAACUAGGAAUAGGAGCAUUCAAUUUGAUGCUGUCCCUUUUGCCAGGAAGAAUCCUCCGGCUUCUAGAAUUUAUUGGGUUUUCAGGAAAUAGGGAGCUGGGUCUCCAGCAGUUACGGGAAGGAGCUUCUGGUGCCAGUCUGCGGGCCAUACUGUGUACCUUCACCUUGCUGCUAUACCACACUUACGUUUCAUUAAUCCUCGGAACAGGGGAAGCUGACCUCUUUGAAGCAGAUGCCCUUCUUCAGCCUUACCUUCAGAAGUUUCCAAAGGGUGCCAUCAUUCUGUUCUAUGAUGCCAGAAUAGACAUACUGAAAGGAAAUUUUGAAAAGGCUCAGGCAACGUUUCAGGAAUGCAUCGCUGCUCAGCAAGAAUGGAAGCAGAUCCAUCACCUCUGCUACUGGGAGCUGAUGUGGUGCUACUCCUUCCAACAGAACUGGCUUCAGGCAUAUCGGUAUGCAGAUCUGCUUUGCAGAGAAAGCAGGUGGUCAAAGGCAAUAUAUGUGUUCCAGAAAGCUGCCAUUUUAUGUAUGCUUCCAGAGGCUGACGUGAAAAAAACAGGAGAAGACAUUGUAUCUUUGUUUAGGCAAGUGGAAGGCCUAAAGCAGAGAAUUGCAGGGAAAUCUAUCCCAACAGAAAAGUUUGCCGUGAGGAAGGCACGACGCUAUGGAGGCUCUCAGCCAGUGAAGCUAAUAGUCCCUGCUCUGGAAAUGAUGUAUGUCUGGAAUGGCAUUUCCAUUGUUGGAAAGAGAACUGACCUCACUGAGAAUUUAUUAGUAACAAUUGAAAAAGAAGAAACUGCUUUAAAAAAUGAAACCAAUCACAAUGAAUACUAUAUGGAUGACAUCUGUCUACUACAACUGCUAAAAGGCCUCUGUUUGAAACAUUUAGGAAGACUCUUGCAAGCAGAACUCUGCUUUAAUCAAGUAAUUCAAAGUGAGAAGCAGCUGAAGUAUGAUAAUUACCUAGUUCCAUAUACAAUGUACGAGUUGGGUCUUCUGUACAAACAACAAGAUGAAAGAGAAAAAGCAAUAAGAUGUAUAGAAGCUGCAAAAAACAAUUAUAAGGAAUAUUCCAUGGAAUCCAGGUUACACUUCAGAAUCCAUGCAGCACUUAACAGUCUGAAAGUGACUCCUGCUCCAACGCCUUGAUGUCGUUUGAGGGUGAUGUGUAAUGCAAGUGUCUACAAGUUAAUGUUUGAAAGCUUACAAAAAUCAUGUAAAUGAUGUAACAAAAGAGAUGUCGUUUAUAUUUUCUAUCAUUUGUGAUAUUUGAACGUUUGUCAUCCUUUUGAGUGCUUCUUUUUUCUAUGGUCUACAUCCAUAUCUCUGCUUCACAUUUUGGAAGAAGACAUUCUAUUUUGUUUAUAAAAGAAUUAAUUUAAUGCUUGACACAAAAAGAGAGUAUUUUAAAAACGUUGGUGCAAUAAAGAGUAAUUCAAACACUUUAUUUUUUUAUGAGAAGACUAAUAUUGUUUAUGCAUGAAACUGAUGGUUCUGUUCAGUUUCAGCACUUCAUGAAGGCUUGAAUUUCUGCAAUAUCUUUUUCAAUUAGGACUUAAAAAAACUUGGCUGCUGGUAGCCGUAGUUGUGUAUUUGGAUUUGAAGCUUCAAUGUACAUACCAAAGAUCUGACUUAUCAUAUCAUAGCCAAAACAAUGAAUGGCUUAAAGUCAUUUCAUGAAUGUUAGGUGGAAUUCAGUGCAAUAUACUGAUAAUGCAAGUCUACACAAAUUAAGGAAAGGCAUUUUUGGUUGCCCUCUAAAACUGUUUUUAGGAUAUAUGCAAGAAGUCUUUCUCAGUUUAUUUUUCAAUUGUGCAAGGUUACAGUAAAAAAAGAGAGAGAAAUCUUGAAUAAAAGUAGCAAUUUAGUUAUUUAUUCCAUUGUAUAUAUUUAACCAACUGAUCUUUCCACUUCCAAGGGUGAGUAGAUUUGGUACUCCUCUUACCUUUUUGAAGGGGGUGCCUUCACACUUGAACUUAGUUAUGAAUAUAUGUUGAGGAAAUUGACAUCCAUACAGGAUAUUUGGCAUAUUAUCACAGAAAGACCUUUUUUAAUACAUUUGUACUCUAAAAGAGGUAGACAUUCUUAUUGUCUAGAUCAGUCUCUUACUGUUAUAAUCUCUCACAUGGAACCUGCAGACAGAUGCCCAUUUUGUGGGCAUGGGUCCAGGUUUAGUCCCUUACUGGUAUGAUGUAGAUAUAUCUGAAGGCACAAACAACUUCUGUAAUUUAAGGACCAAAACUAUCCAUCAUGAAUGUUUACUGGAUUCAUGUAAUAUUGUAUAUUUAUGAUUAUACAUAUAGGUUGAGGUGACAGUUUUUCAUUUGCCCUUGGCACCUUUUGUAUUUGGGUUAUUAAUUAUGGGCUGCUAAAUUAAAUGGAAAGUUGGGCUGCUUGAGUUUUAUUUUGUUACAUAGCAAUUCAAGUAUAACUUACAAACAUAAUUAUGCUGACUGAUAAUGAAACACACUGCUAUAAUCAGUAGUUGUAGAAUAAAGGGACAAUUCUGGUAAAAUUUUCCAAUAUUUAAUAAACAGGCUUUCACACUCAUGGAUGACUGACAGCUAUGUUCAACAGCCUCCUUUUGUUUCUUGCUGUAACUUUUUUUCUGAAAUACUAUUUAGUCAAUUUCAGCUUUUAUUAGUAGUAGAGAAAGCAUUUCUCACUCUCUCUCUUGGCAUUUUAGGGUUACUGCAACAGGAUUUCAAGGGAGCAGGUCUGCCUUGUUUAAUUCUGGAUAAAUUCAAAGGAAGAGAAUUUGUGCCAAGUCAAAGGGACACUUUACACAUCACUUUUCCAGGGAUGUUAACACUCUUGCCAAGGAAAUCACAUUUUUCUAGCACAUGUAGCUUUUUGCUUUCGAUCCAUGUGACAGGUUGCAUGUUUGACACUUUAUUUCAGUUCCAACAUGAGACUUGCAGACGAACAGAUGUGAUUUUUAAAUGAUUUUGUUUUAUUUGCUGCCUGGUGACUAUUUUAAUUUUUUUUGUUUCUUAAAUGCUCAUCCACAAGUAUUCUUAAACUUUCAUUGCAAAUUAGAAUUUUUUUUAGUGUUUCUAUGUCCAGGGUUUCAUGUGGAAAACUUGAAUAUUUAAUACAGACUAUUAGACAAAAUCUGAUAAACUUAUGUGAAAUCACUUCUAGGUUUAAAUAAUUGUGAUGUUAAGUAUAGGGAUACAGUUACUCAAUAUAUUAUGUCAAUUUUGCUCCUAGUUAUAAUUUUGCAUUAAAUUCAUGACAACAAUGCUAUGCUGUAUAUUUAAAUGUCAGUUAUUUUAGUAACAUGCUACUUAAAUAUAUAUUCAUAUAUUUUGCUUUUAAUAUCUGAUACUGGUUACCAUCUUCUAAUAGAAGUGUUAAUAAGAUAUUAGACAUUUUUAGAAAGAAGGUUAUUCAAGUACAUGUGGAUUAUAAUGGUUCUGUUUGGCAGCUGUCUUAUAGCAUUAUCAAGACUGGAAAAUAGUGUGGCAAAUUGACAUAGAACAUUUUGCCCUUGUAACAUAAUGAUCAACAGUCAACUCCCAUAUGAGGAAGAAGUUUGUGUUCAGGAUCUGGUUUAUUGGACUUGACUGUGAAUGUAGCUUUUGUUGUUAUACUGCCUGACAAAAAAUCAGUAGUAAUCUUAUUGGCUACUAUUGUUACUGUCUUGAUUGCAUUUUAUUCCACAAACCUGUCUAAGAGGAUACUCUUCUUAGCAGUGGGCUGUUAAAAAAUGAAUAGUCUAGUAUCCUAUCUAUAUACAUUUGCUUGGAAACAAGUCUCUUUGGUUAACUGAAGUUAUAUCCAAAUAAGUGUGCGCAAAAUUGCUGCUUUAGUGUGCUGAUUACAGUGGAGCACAAGGUUUAUAAUAGUGUAACAGCCGCAUUUGGACAGCCAGAAAUGAUAACCAUACCUUGGUGUGAAUUAUGGCCAAGGGUUCUGUUACCCUGACUUACUAUGAUAGAGAAGCAACAAAAUAAAUAUAUGUAUUUGAAGAAAUACUGCAUCAGUGAUUAAUAAUAUCUUUAACUGGCUAAAUAGCUUGUCCUUUGAUUGUCAAGGAAGUAUGAACACAGAUUUAAAGAUUAAAGUCCUCCAUAUUGAAAACAA